GUUCAAUUGAUUAUCCAAUUAUCUUUCUCCAUUUAAACUCGAUCUUUGUUGCUACUGUUGCUUCUGCUGUUUGCUUUUCAACACACUAUACGUAUGUGGGAUUCUAACAAUGGUUCUAAUGACUUGAGAGCAAAGCUCUUGAACAGAAAAAGAAAAUAUAAGUCCUAUCAAAACAAACUUCAAAAUGUUCUCGAUACAAAUAUUAAUGAUAAUGACAUUAAUAAUAAUUUUAACAACAAGGUUGAUAAUACCAAUAAUCAUAUAAAUAAAAUAAAUGAUAUUGAUAAUCAUUUUCAUAACGAUUUUAAUCAAAUUCCAACUCUAUCAGAUAUUAAUAUAAAAUCAAAUAUAAGAUCUAAUAUAAGAUCAAAUUCAAGAAUAAAUAAACUCGAUUCAAAUUAUAAUUUAAAUUACUUUUCAGAUAAUGAUCAAUUCUCUAAUAAUAAUCAAUUCUCUAAUAAUAAUCAAUUCUCUAAUAAUCGAUUUUCGAUGUUAAAUUCAAAUUCAAAUCCAAAAUAUAACACAAAUUUAUUUUCAAAAUCUAAUAUUUCAAAUAAAAAUGAUUAUAAUAACGAUAAUUACGAUCACAAUCACAAUCAAAAUCAAAAUCAAAAUCAAAAUCAAAAUUUUACAAGAAAAAUUAAUAGAAAUAGAAAUAGAAAUAGAAAUAGAAAUAUAAAUAUAAAUAUAAAUAGAAACAAUAAUAAAAAAUUAAACAAUUAUCCUUUAUCUUAUAAAACUCAUUUAACUUUUGAUUUAGACAAACUACGAAAGAAAAAUUAUCAAUUAAACAAUGACUAUCAUAAUCCUAAUAAUUAUAAUAAUCAUAAUAAUUAUAGUAAUUUUAAUGAUAACAUUAAUUAUAGUGAUAAAAAUAAUAUUAUUAAUAGUCCAUUGACGAGUAUUCCCGGAACUGUUCCCGAUUUUAUAAAAUCUCCUUCAAAGAACUAUACUUUUCUUAACACCAAUACUCAAAGAAAUAUUCAUAAUAAUGAUAAGAAUAAUGAAAAUGAUAAUGAUAAUGGAAAUGGAAAUGAAAACCAAAACGAAAAUGAAAACGAAAAUUGGUUUUCAUUAUCAAAUAUAGCGUCAAAAUUUAGUAAUAUAUUCAAUUCAAAUAAUACAAGUAAUAUAAAUAAUUUAAAUAAAAUAAAUAAAAACUAUACAAAUUUAAAUAAAUUUCAAAACAAAAGAAUUUUAAGAUUACAAAAAUUGAAAGAUCUACAAAAUCGGAAAAAUAAAGUAUUAAACGAAGUUAAUAAAAUAUCUAAUGAGUCUUAUAAUAACACCAAUGAUAUAAAUGAUUAUUUUAAUAAUCGAAUACUUGAUUUAAAUAAGAGGACUCAUAAUAUUAGUCAUAUAGCUGAUUUAGAUGAUUUAAAUGAUUCAACUAAUGAAUUGAAUGAAAUUAUUAAUCAAAAUGAUAAUAUUGAGCAUAAUGAUCAUAAUAAUAUUAAGAAUAAUGAUUAUAAUAAUGAAAAAAUCAAAAAUAAGAAAAACCAAAAAAGUUUAAUAAAAAACUUUUUAUCAACAAUUUACAAUAAUAAUAGUAACAAUAAUAUCGAGAAUAACGGAAAUGGUAUUAACAAUGAAAAUAAUAUCAAUGAAGAUAAUAUUAAUGAAAAUAAUAAUAGAUUGAACAAUUUAGAUGAUGACGAAUUGAAAGAGUUAUCGAAAUUAUCCAAUGAAAUCAAUAAUUGUGAAGAAGAAAAUGUGAUGAAUUUGGACCAUGGAAUAAUAAAUUUAGAAGACAAAAAAAUCACUAAAGAUAAAAUAAAGAAAAAAUCAAAAUCAAAGUCAAAAUCAAAAGUGAAAUCUAAAUUUAAGUCUAAAUCUAAAUCUAAAAAGUCAAAAUCAAAAUCAAAAUCAAAAUCAGAAUCAGAAUCAGAAUCAGAAUCUAAAAGGGAUAAUCUUGUAAAUGAUAAAUCUGAAAGAAGUUCGGCGGAUGAAUUGAGUAUUUUCGAAAAUUCAAUUUUGAAAACAUUAAGACAAAAUAAAAAAUCACAAAAACAAAUGAAUGAACAAGAUUUGAUGGAAUUGGAUGCUAAAGAACAAGAAAUCAAGUUGAAAAAUGAGGAAAUUUCCAAAUUGAAUGAAAAAGUCAAAGAUUUGGAGAAUUCACUACAUGAUAUAAAAAAGUAUUUAGAAAAUACCAUCAUCCAGAACCAAACAACUCUAAGCAAAAGUAAUAUUGAUAGUUAUAAUCACAGUCAAAGUGAGGAUCCAAAUGACCAGCCAGGCCUAUCUUCAGUGCCAUCGUUAAAGAGUAACACCACUCAUUCAAGCACAAACGACGGAUUGCUCACUGACGACGAGACAAGCAAAAAAGGUAUCGAUGUUCAGUAUAUUCUUGGUGAAGAGCCUGGAUUCAAGACUCCAUUCAUCAUCAAGAGCCAGUACAAUAAACUUGCAAAAACGAUCCAGCACAACGAAUUGAAGAGGAAAAACGCAGAGCCCAACCACACUUUCAUGACAGAACAUAGCAUUGACAUUCUCCCACAACCAGUAGACACACAGAGCAGUGCUGGAGAUCAGAAAGAGGCUCUCGACGACGAGGAGUUCGACAAGACCGAGCACGACGAUGCUCUCAGGCAGUUGGAGCGAACAGUGAUGGGGUUGUCGCCCAUCAAGAUAGCUUUUCAGGCUGAAAAGUCCAUAGGUCGCAGAUUCUGAUGGUAUAUUCUGUACUCUUCUUUUGCACUCUUCUUUUGUACUUGUUCGGACUCUCCGUAAAUUCGUAACUUCGUAAAUCGUCCUUUCUCGCUCAAAGCUUAAUUCUAAAAAUAGGCACUGGGCUUAAAGGGUUGGGAACCAGCAAAACGGUACUUGUGGCGCGCAACCCCUAUCACUGGUUCCAGUCUCAGAUGUACUGGGAUGUGCUGAAAUUCCACACUUGAAAUACUCUCGAAUAUAACAAAAUUCAGAGAAACAGUACAGGCU